CGCUUUCCUGACGUUUGCGAGCCGCUGGCUGUCUCGGGUCUGCGGCUCUUGGGCUUCUUCUUGGGCGUCCCCUUCUGGCUCCAGCGGAACCCGUAGCGCCUUUUAAACCGGAGACCCCAGAGCUCGCGGGAACGCGCCCGCGGCCCAAGCCGGAUUCCCGCAGUAUGAUGCGCCUCUCUUACGGCUCCCGGUGCUCCCGCUCCGUUACCACAGGUCGGUUACGAGGCGUGGAGCGAGCACGGCCCGGCCUCGGUGCUGGAUCCCCGGCACUUGACCAGCGCCGAUCGCAACGGCGCGGGAGGGCGGCAGAGAGUAGGAGGAGGCGAUCGUUCGCUCGGCGCUCGACUGCCCGCACUGCCGGGGCGCGAGGGCGAGGCCCGGCGGCGGCGCUCGAUUGGCCGGCGCGCCCGCGGAAGAUGGCGGCCCUGGGAGCCCCGCUGCGCACCCUGCGCGCGCUGCUGCGCGAGCUGCGCCACGCCGCCGGCCGCUCCUAUCGCGACAGCCCCGCCUAUCGGCACGUGCUCGCCGCCUUCCGCGCGCACCGGGUGACCAGCGAGAAGCUGUGCCGGGCCCAGCAGGAGCUGCACUUCCAGGCCGCCACCUACCUGUGCCUGCUGCGCAGCGUGCGCGAGCACGAGGCCCUGCACCGCGAGUACCACGGCAGGGGCGAGCGCUCGGCCCAGGAGGUCGCCGGGCUGGUGGGCUUCAGGCUGCCGCAGCAGCCGGGAGGGAAGGGCUGAGACAGCGGGACCGCCGCGCUCAACGUUCGUUCCUCGAUAAAUAAAUAAAUAAAUAUCCUAGA